GAAAGAGCCUGCGAGCCCACCCGUCUGGGUUAAACAGGACUUUUUGACCUCAGGCGCUGGCUCAGGACCCUGCUGCAAAACGGUCUGUGUGUGUAUAGAGAGGAGGGCGUAAUCGCUUAGCAGAAGAAUGGAUAACGUCCUCCCAGUGGACGCAGACCUCUUCCCAAACAUCUCCACCAACAUCUCGGAGCCUAACCAGUUUGUGCAGCCGGCCUGGCAAAUUGUCCUUUGGGCAGCUGCCUACUCAGUCAUCGUGGUGACCUCUGUGGUGGGCAACGUGGUGGUGAUGUGGAUCAUCUUGGCCCACAAGAGAAUGAGGACAGUUACCAACUACUUUCUGGUGAACCUGGCCUUCGCAGAGGCCUCCAUGGCUGCAUUCAACACAGUGGUGAACUUCACCUACGCCGUCCACAACGAGUGGUACUAUGGCCUGUUCUACUGCAAAUUCCACAACUUCUUCCCCAUUGCUGCUGUCUUUGCCAGUAUUUACUCCAUGACGGCUGUGGCCUUCGAUAGGUACAUGGCCAUCAUCCACCCCCUCCAGCCCAGAUUGUCAGCCACAGCCACCAAGGUGGUCAUCUGUGUCAUCUGGAUCCUGGCUCUCCUCCUGGCCUUCCCCCAGGGCUACUAUUCAACCACGGAGACCAUGCCCAACAGAGUGGUGUGCAUGAUCGAAUGGCCAGAGCAUCCCAACAAGAUUUAUGAGAAAGUGUACCACAUCUGCGUGACUGUGCUGAUCUACUUCCUCCCCCUGCUGGUGAUAGGUUAUGCUUACACUGUAGUGGGCAUCACACUGUGGGCCAGUGAGAUACCUGGGGACUCCUCUGACCGCUACCACGAGCAAGUCUCUGCCAAGCGCAAGGUGGUUAAGAUGAUGAUCGUUGUUGUAUGCACCUUUGCUAUUUGCUGGUUGCCCUUCCACAUCUUCUUCCUCCUGCCUUACAUCAACCCUGAUCUCUACCUGGAGAAGUUUAUUCAGCAGGUUUACCUGGCCAUUAUGUGGCUGGCCAUGAGCUCUACCAUGUACAACCCCAUCAUCUACUGCUGUCUCAAUGACAGGUUCCGUCUGGGCUUCAAGCAUGCCUUUCGGUGCUGCCCUUUCAUCAGUACUGGCGACCAUGAAGGGUUCGAAAUGAAAUCCACCAGGUACCUCCAGACCCAAGGCAGCAUCUAUAAAGUCAGCCGCCUGGAGACCACUGUCUCCACAGUGGUGGGGGCCCAUGAGGAAGACCUGGAGGAAGGGCCCAAGGCCACGCCCGCAUCCCUGGACCAGAUCUCCAAUGACCCCUCUCACAGCGACUCUAAGACCACAAUGGAGAGCUUAAGCUUCUACUCCAACAUGCUCUCCUAGACCACGGGGCUUUCAGCAGGCACGGCCACCUCUAUCUUUGUCUUGCUUCAUUUCAUGCAUGGAUAAAGCUUCAGUAUAAAAUCCAUAAGAAACACCCUUGGGACUUGUGAAAGGCUGAGAAUAGAUUGGGGAAAACAUUCCAUUCUGAAGUCAAAAACCUACAUUCUUCUAUAUCUUUGUCACACACGCACUGUGUGACCGAAAAAUCAUCGACUUCUCUGAGCCUGUACAAUGAGGUUAAACUUGAUUUUCUCUGCAAUCCAUUCCA